CAGGGAGAGCAAAGGGACGGGGUGGAAGGGAGAAGCCACCACAGCUCCAGCGAGGACCUGCUCCCCAGACCUAGCCGAGCGGAGAGUGGCUUGCUUUCUUCACUGUUGUUAUUGAGCAGUUGACUCUUACAGCUUGCUCCUUCAUUUGGAAGGCAACCAGUCGAUUGGAAAAAUGAGACUAAAUGUUGCCGUUUUCUUUGGGGCUCUCUUCGGAGCUUUGGGGGUUUUGUUGUUUUUGGUAGCCUUUGGAUCAGAUUAUUGGCUUCUCGCGACUGAAGUGGGCAGGUGUUCAGGUGAACAGAAUAUAGAGAACAUCACUUUUCACCAUGAAGGCUUUUUCUGGAGGUGCUGGUUCAGUGGCGUUGUGGAGGAGAACAACUCCAACAUCUGGAAGUUCUGGUACACCAAUCAGCCACCAUCCAAGAACUGCACACACGCUUACCUGUCCCCGUACCCCUUCCUGAGGGGAGAGCACAACUCCACCUCCUACGACUCCGCGAUUAUUUACCGUGGCUUCUGGGCAGUCCUGCUGCUCCUGGGGGUAGUGGCCGCCUUGACUGCAAGCUUUCUGAUCAUCUGUGCAGCCCCCUUUUCCAGUCACUUCCUUUAUAAAGCUGGAGGAGGCUCCUACAUUGCCUCAGGUGUUCUGUUUUCCCUGGUGGUGAUACUGUAUGUCAUCUGGAUCCAGGCAGUGGCUGACAUGGAGAGCUACAGAGCCUUGAAGAUGAGAGACUGCUGGGAGUUCACCCCUUCCAUCCUGUACGGCUGGUCGUUUUUUCUGGCCCCCGCUGGUGUAUUCUUCUCUCUGCUCGCUGGGCUGCUCUUCCUAGUUGUUGGACGGCAUAUCCAGAUACAUCACUAACUUUUGCCUCUAGAGUUUUCAGGAGAGAUUUCGAAGCACCACACUCCCCUGUCCGUUUUGUGUUCUCGAUGGUAUCGGCAUAAAAUUAGUGGAUGUACAUUGGAGUUGUUGUUUCUUAAUGAGUCAUUUUAAUUGUGAUUUCUCCUCACAAAGGAGAUCCUUUGACUUCUCAAGAACCCAAUGCUGUCUGGGCUGUCAAUGAACUAGUUCUCCGGGGAGCAGGUAGUGGAUCUAUCCUACAGUUUGAAGUAAACACAGGGUGCUUAUGUGAUCACCCACAGCAAAGCAAGCCUAGGUUGAUUGUCUCCUUGACAUUCACUUUUGCUACUUUUUAAAGCAGGGAGAAUAAUUAAUGGAAAACAAAUGCCUGACAACUGGCUUUGUUUCUUCUCCACCUACAUGCCCACACACAGCCAGACACUCACCCCCUGACUUCUGUGAGCCAAUGAUUCACUAAUUUAAAAAUAGAUAGCAGUUGUUCUUGUUAUCGGAGCUCUGAACUCCCGAGUUCAAAAGGACCAUGACAAUAAUACCAAAUGUGGUUACUCUGAUUUAUUACCAACUGCAUCAUCUGAGAUUUUUCUUGGUGAUGUAUGCUUACAGAAACCUAACACUGUUGGAAAUCAGGAAAUCCACACAGCAAAUUGUGCAUAUAAUGCAGAUUAGAACUGUGUGAAGUUAAAGGGGGGAACCCCUGAAUUAUAAUAAGGUUUAAAAUUUGUAAAAGCCAACAGCCUCAGCUUAGCACAUAAUUCCAUUUGAUAUUUUAAAAUUCCCAUUUAAAACUUAAAUUGCUAAGAUGUUCGGCACAUUUAAAUUUAUUGAGAGAGUGUGCUUUUAAUAUUGUUGGGCUCUAACGUUUCCAGAUACUUCCAUGUGAGGAUUAUAAUAGCCUUGCUUUAUGAAGACCAUGGCAUAUUAACUCCCACCCGACACGUCUUACAGGAUCUAGUUCUUCUGGUCAUUUGAUUGCAUAUUAUCCCUCAAUUUCAUCCUCUUUGGCGUACAUACCAGAAAGCUGACAGACCCACAAUCUCCUCUAACCUCCUGCAAGAAAAAGUUUUGUGGGGAAAUAUAAUUCUUUAUUAUUCACUAGCUCAGGCAUUUUGCAUAUCAAAGAGGAUCAUUUGCCAGGACUGGUGACUGAAAUCAAGGCCAUAUCCAAAAGGCUUCCCUCUACUGGUACAGUUGUAGCAAGAAGGAAAGACAGCACUGAGGCAGGGGGAUGACCACCUGGAAGGUGCUCUGGGAAGGCCGGGUUAGCUCUUCUAAUAGGUAUAGUGAUGAUGCUGCCUCAGCCCUCCCUACAGCCUGCUUUAUACACAGAGGGAGACUUGGAAAGGUAGUGGGAGCCUGAGCUACCUACUAAACCAUAAGGAUGUUUUAGUGACCAGGCUUGCCUGAAAUAGUAACAGCUGUUUGUUACACUCCAGGGUUUAGCUCAACUCACAAUCACAAACCAUUUCAAGGACAGUGGUAUAGCUUGGUGUUACUUUCACAAUGUCAUCUUCUGUUUCCUUUUGAUAUUGGCUCAUUUGCUUUGGGGCUUUUUUUUUUUGACUUGAUUCUGUUAUGCAUAUAGCCUGUGAUAUUAAGCCAUGGCAUGCCAUUAUGUUUUCCAGACAACGCUUAGAUGUAUCUGGUUAGUUUGUGUCUUCUGAACGUGCAAUUCUUUAUUUGUAGAACUUUGGGAUGGAACCCUUUUCAGGACUGUGUGCCAUUUAAAUUUCUCAUGCA